AUGGGCCUCGAAAUUCCCCCUAAAUACCCAGCGGACCCUCGCGGCGUUUCAACUCCCCGAGACACUCGUGAAGGGAAAAAGAGGAAAGCAAAAGUGCCUUCUCUAGAGAACUCUGUAACCGUAAUCUCAAGAAGCAGAGUCUUCCCUGAUCAAAAGUCAACGCUCGUUGACCUUAAGCUCUCUGUCUCCGACCUCCCCAUGCUCUCUUGCCACUACAUCCAGAAAGGCUGCCUCUUCACGCGCCCUCAUCUCCCUCCGCACGCGCUUCUCUCCCACCUCAAACACUCCCUGUCUCUCACCCUCUCCCACUUCCCUCCUCUCGCCGGCCGCCUCUCCACCUCCGAAGACGGCCACGUCUUCCUCUCCUGCAACGACGCCGGAGCAGAUUUCGUCUCCGCCGCCGCGAAAUCCGUCCGCGUCAGCGACGUGAUCGGCGGAAUCGACGUUCCUGACGUCGUCAAGGAGUUUUUCACGUACGACAGGACGGUGAGUUACGAGGGACAUAACAGACCGAUCUUAGCCGUUCAAGUGACGGAACUAAACGACGGCGUUUUCAUCGGUUUCUCCGUUAACCACUCCGUGACUGACGGAACGUCGCUGUGGAAUUUCAUUAAUACGUUCGCGGAGGUGUCGAGAGGAGUUGGGAAUGUGACACGUCAUCCUGAUUUUACGCGGGAGUCUGUUUUAAUUUCAGCAGCUGUGCUCAAAGUACCUCAAGGUGGGCCCAAGGUGCCGUUCAUCGAGAACGAGCCGUUACGGGAACGGAUCUUCAGUUUCAGCAGGGAACAGAUUCUCGAGCUGAAAGCUAUGGUUAACGGAGAGAUGAACGGCGUUGAGGUGUUAAGGAGGCAAAGCAAAGAUAAACUUAACGGUAAACCAACCGAAACGUUGGAGAGUUUGUUACGGAGAAACGACGUCGUCGCGACGGAGAUCUCGUCGUUUCAGUCUCUAUGCGCUUUGCUGUGGCGAGCGAUCACUCGAGCGAGGAAGCUUCCGAGCUCCAAAACGACGACGUUUCGUUUGGCUGUGAACGUUCGCCACCGUCUGAGCCCGAAACUUGACCCGGAGUACUUCGGAAACGCCAUCCAGAGCGUUCCGACGUUUGCGACGGCGGGGGAAGUUCUGUCUCGUGAUCUCCGGUGGUCCGCCGAUCGGCUCAACCAGAGCUUGGCGGCUCACCAAGACGGGAAGAUUCGAGACGCUGUGGCGGAUUGGGAGGCGAAUCCGGGGGGAUUUCCUCUCAAUAAUCCCGACGGAGCGUCGGUGACUAUGGGGAGCUCGCCGAGGUUUCCGAUGUACGAUAAUGAUUUCGGGUGGGGGAGGCCGGUGGCGGUAAGAAGCGGGCGUGCGAAUAAAUACGACGGGAAGAUAUCUGCGUUUCCGGGGAGGGAUGGAAACGGGAGCGUUGAUUUGGAGGUGGUGUUGGCGCCGGAGACGAUGGCUGGGAUUGAAUCUGACGACGAGUUUAUGCGUUACUUGUUGAAGAAGUAACGGAGUUGAUGUAAUAACGUAACGGUUUGCCUUUUUUUUUUUUAUUAAUCUUGUGUUUGAUGAUCUUAACAAUGUAAUAUUGUAAUGAAAUUCUGUAAGUUGACUC